AUGUCUUCUCCCCCGACUUCAAAGCGAAUCAAAACGUCGGCUACCACAAGCGCCCCGCCGCAUCUACUUGCCCAACAACAGAUUCACCCUUUCCACCGCGUCCCAACCUUUGAAGGUAUUCCAAUUCCUACCGCUCCAUUACAACAACAACAACAACAACAACAACAAAAUCCCGGAAACUCGCGUAAACGCCCACCUUCCCCCGCAGGAUCUUCAGUCAUGAUGGCAGCUCCAGUCAACACUGGGGCUGGCGCGAUCGAAGACCCGAACACCAUUCCUACUAUUGAGUCCACGCCCAAAAAGAAGGGACGGACAAAUACUCCAUGGACUGCGGAAGAGGAACAACGGCUCAAAACAAUGCGCGAUGCAGGCCGCAGCUGGAGCGAAAUCGCUAAGACUUUCCCCACUCGAACUGAGGGCAGUGUCAAAAAACACUGGUACAAGGACAUGCACUACGCCGAGUUCGCUGAAGAUGAGUCUGUGAAGCUUCGCGAUGCAAUCAAAGAGUACGAGGCAAACAAGUGGAAGGUGAUCGGGCAAAAGGUGGGAAAGCCUGCCAAAGCCUGCGAGCAAUAUGCCAAAGAACAUUUCAAGAAUGUCUGA